AUGGCCACCCCCACCUCUCCAUCAAACCCUUCCUUCCCGCUCUCGACUUCUCCGUCCGAUCCAGACACAUUCCUACCACACUCUAAGCCCACCUUGACUCUCCAGACAACAUCAUACCCGCUCACGCCAGCCAAGCUAGCCCAUCUCCUGGACCAAUCCCAACAAGGAUCUCUCCGUGCUGGCUCACGGCGACCCCUCAUUUUGGACCUGAGACCCCACCCCGACUUUUACCCCAUCUCCAUCGCCCACUCCAUCAACAUCAAUCUACCCACUCUCUUGAUGAGACGGUACCGACGUGGCGUCGCUGUUACAUCGUUUGCACUGGAGUCUUUUAUCACGAUCCCUUCGGACAAGGACGCGUACCAUCAGAUCUUGGAAGGCUGGAGAACAUCGGAGGCCGAGUCGGAAGAGCCCUAUGAUGUGAUUGUUCUCGACCAGGAUAUGAAGGCUGGCGACGAGGAGCAUGGCCGCUCAGCAACCGCGGCCUGGACGCUUCUUAACGUCCUGGAGCGCGGUGGGAGUCAAAGUGAGUUUGACGGCGUCAACACACGCAUGUGGUUUCUCGAGGGUGGUUUCGACGCUUUUCAGGCCUGGGAUGCCAGUGAAAAGUUUUUGGUCCGCGCAGGUGGAUCCCAACAGGAAUUAUCACCUUAUCUGAAGCCUUGCACCAGCACUCAGGCCGACCAAGAUAUCGAAAUGACCCUGGCAGUCCCAGUCGGUUCAGUCUCUGCACCGGUUUCAAGGAGGCCCUCCCUGGCUAUCGAUACAACGGUGGCGUUCGUACCCAAACAGAAAACACCUGUCAGGAGGGAGAGCCUGUUUUCGCUCAAUACCAAGGCACUUCAGCGACCCGCCGGACUUUCUCGCUCCCAGACCAUCAACUUGAAACCACUAGCGAUUCCCAGCCAGCCAGCCGCCUCAUUGUCCAUCCAAAUCCCGCAUGCACCCUCGUCUGCCCAUCCUCACCAACAACAUCCAUCCAAGGCAGCCGCAUGGUUGACCGUCCCGUCUAACAUCCCAGCACCAGCGCUUUCCCCAGCAAUGUCAAUGGUCAGUAACUGCUCGAUGGAGAUUGCUCACUCUGCCUCAACGGAUCAUACAUCGAGCUGGUCUGCCGAUUCGAGCUCUAUGAAUGGUUCAAGCCAUUUCCUUCCAUCGGCCGUCAACAACAGUCUUGGCUUGAGUCUCAACAGUAAACGCUCCGUCUCGUCCUUGAUGACCAUCAGUUCACUGCACGCGUCCGUAUCUUGCGCAUCGGCAAGCAUCUUAGAGGAGGAGAACGAGGAGUAUGGCCAGUGCGGAUCUCGAUCCAUGGCCAACCAAAUGUUUCACGACAGAGAAGACAUCUAUUACCAUCAACACCAGCGCCAAAAGUACCAGCAUCAUGACGGUGACUCUUUUCAAUACGCCUCAGACUACUCCUAUCAGUCCCAGCAGGAACCCAGUGAUUGCGUCGAGGAGAACCAGGACAACGAACAGGAGAUCUCAUGCAUUCUUCCAGGUUUUCUGUACUUGGGCCCCGAAAUAGUCACCAACGGUCAGGUGGAGGAACUGGACCGACUGGGUGUCAAACGCAUUUUGAACAUGGCUACCGAAUGUGAGGACGUACUGGUUGCUCACCGUCCUGACAUGGAGUACCACAAAAUUGGCGUUUACGACAGUAUCGAGGCUGACGUCUCGGCCGGGUUAUUGCAGGCCGUUGACAUUAUUGCUGCCUCCAAGGACUCUGCCAUUUAUGUUCACUGCAAGGCUGGCAAGUCUCGAUCGGUCACUGCAACGAUCGCUUACCUGAUCUCGCAUCUCCAGUGGCCCCUGAACAAGGCUUAUCAACAUGUCCUUACAAACCGCCCAUGCAUGUGCCCAAACCUUGGAUUUGUUGCCGAGUUGAUUGAAAUGGAGAAGCACAUCCUGGGGGCCGACCAUGCUCGCGGUCUUCAGCUUCACCAACUCGGCUAA